UAAGCUGGGAGUACCUCCACGCGGUGAAGGCGGUAACAGUUCAAUACUGGCUAAAACUCCCAUUUUAUUGUAACUCAUCAGAAUAGAUGCCUUCGGGCUUAUGUUGUUUUGUGGUUUACGUAUAAUAAUUUGGAAGUAGCCUACCCGGUAACGCAGGGGAGCAGCCAACAAAAUCUUAUACUCUACAGUUCUUAGUCCAAGUAAUAUUGUGACAAGAAUCAUUAUGCCUAGACGAAAGAAAUCAGGUCUUUCUCAAUAUUCGAGAGCCUCUAAACGCCAGAGACAAGUUAGAUCUCAAGAAACUGAGGAAGAACAUGAGGCACGUUUAGCUGCGAGGCGGGAAUAUUAUGCUGAAUUGGUAUCUUCGGAAACAGCUUCGCAAAGAGAAGAAAGAUUAGCUACGGUUCGAGAACAAGUAGCUGGUUCACGCGCCUCAGAAACGAUGAAUCAGCAUGAAGCACGCCUUACAGCCGACCGUGAGCGUCAUGUCGUAUCUCGCGAGUCUGAGACAUUCACACAGCGUGAAGAUCGGCUCUCAGCUGACCGUUCUCGCCGUGCAAUCUCACGUUCUCUAGAAACAGAUGAGGAAAGAAGUUCACGGCUGUCUGCGGAUCGCCAUCGCCAUGAAAUAUCCCGGAUGUUCGAAAGCGAUGAACAACAUGAUUUGCGUCUGUCGGCUGCUCGCAGUCGCUACUACGAACAACAGGAAAUUACUGCUAAUCACCUGGAAGAAGAAAGGAGUCGUGUGCAAGAAUUGAGGCAAACACAAUCCAGUGACACCCGAUUGAUACAGUUAGAAGAAGACCGGCUGCGUCAUGUUGUUCUUAGGUUGUGAC